UUCGGGAUCAUCUCCAUGCGCUUCAUGCGCUUUAACCCGCUCCUGUCCUGCGCAACACCGAGCCAACUUCUCCGAUUCGGGGCUGAACUUUCCUUCAGGAAGGUCUGGAUAGAAAAGCAAGGCGCUCGAAUCCCGGGUGGAUGCAUAGGCUAAAAAUAAAAAAGCUUGGAGUAUAUUAUAACAUGAAUCUGUUAUACAGCUGCCUAUAGCCUGGGACGUGCGGUAUUUAAGGGAUGUGUGCACUUGGCACCGAGGCUGUGAUCCAGCAGUGUCAGACACUGAGGAUGCUCAGGCUUUUUUUACAGGAUCAACUGGUUUCCUUCUAGGCUAAGUGUCGCUUAGGAGCUUUCUGUUAACUUUACACAAUGGACUACAGGACUUGUAUGUUUCCUGUCUCAGGUCAGGGCUCGACAGAAGAACGCAGAGCGACUAAUCUGUUCCAAAACUCCUUAUGACAACCUCAUAAUCAAUUUCUUGAUUUAGAAGUAUAUUUUUGUUGGUUUUGUUGAUAAAGAAUAAACCUACGUGUGACAUUGCAUACUUUAGUGUAUUGCUAAAGUUCUGCAAAGAGAUCUGUAGGCUAACAUUGCACUCAGAAACGAUAGGAGCAAUUUUUGUCCUUUUCGAGUUGAUCGGAAUCCCGUUGGCUCGUAUGGGACUGAGGCACUCAUCACGGUGCCUGCUCCUGCGCAGAAAGAUGGCGGAGGCUGAGAGCUCGGAGCAGAAGCAGCAGCAGCAGCGGCAGCAGAGCACCGGCAAUCCUCCCUCAUCGCAGCCUCCCCCUGUGCCUAAGCCCAUGGCCUCAGUUCAUCACGUCCCUCGUCCCCCUCACACCCCACACGUCUCAGCGCUGUCCACCUGCCCUGGACGUGGAAAAAUGGCCAAACUCCUCAACCCGGAGGAAAUGACCUCACGAGACUAUUACUUCGACUCAUACGCCCACUUUGGCAUUCAUGAGGAGAUGUUAAAGGAUGAGGUGAGAACGCUGACCUACAGGAACUCCAUGUACCACAAUAAACACAUUUUUAAGGAUAAGAUUGUUCUAGACGUGGGCAGUGGGACGGGAAUCCUUUCCAUGUUUGCUGCUAAAGCAGGGGCCAAGCACGUCUACGGGAUUGAAUGCUCAAGUAUAUCAGAGUACUCAGAGAAAAUCAUCAAAUCUAACCACCUGGACAAUGUUAUUACCAUCUUUAAAGGGAAAGUAGAGGAGACAGAGCUGCCUGUGGAUCAGGUGGACAUUAUUGUCUCUGAAUGGAUGGGAUACUGCCUUUUUUACGAGUCCAUGCUGAAGACUGUCAUUUACGCCAGGGACAAAUGGCUGAAGCCCGGAGGGUUCAUGUUCCCAGAUAGAGCAACACUACACGUGGUGGCCAUAGAGGACAGACAAUACAAAGACUUUAAAAUCCACUGGUGGGAGAAUGUUUAUGGUUUUGACAUGACCUGCAUUCGCAACGUUGCUAUGAUGGAACCACUGGUUGAUAUUGUGGACCCGAAACAAGUGGUGACCAACUCCUGCCUUAUUAAGGAAGUGGACAUCUACACAGUAAAGUUGGAGGAUCUGACCUUCACCUCAGCCUUUUGCUUGCAGAUCCAGAGAAAUGACUACAUCCACGCUCUUGUCACCUACUUCAACAUCGAGUUCACCAAGUGUCACAAGAAGACCGGCUUCUCCACAGCCCCCGAUGCUCCAAGUACUCACUGGAAGCAGACAGUGUUUUACCUAGAGGAUUACCUAACAGUGAGGAGAGGGGAGGAGAUCAUGGGCAGCAUCGCCGUCAAGCCCAAUGAAAACAAUGAGCGUGACUUGGACUUCACCUUUGAGCUGGAUUUCAAGGGGCAGCUUUGUGAUGCAGCGAUUUCUCAUGACUACAAGAUGCGGUAGGAUUUCCACAGAGGGAGACUUUCUUUAACAGCUCGACCACCCAGGGAACAACACACGAGGCUGUUAUAUGCUCGGACCAAACAGGAGAGACCAGCAGCAGAAUAUGAGCCCAGAGUGAAUCACGUACAAAGAGCAAUAGUGUCAUCAGUCCUCCAGUUCUGCAAAACUACCAAUCUGUGAGAGAGCAUCACUCUGAAUGUAACUGUCAGUGACCUUGAGAAUGUCUUAGUUGUCCUUUAUUUUAGUAAGAAAGCAUGAAAGCAAGUACAGUGUUGAAUAGUAAUCUACAAGGUAAUGUAAUAAAAAAAAAUAAGGCAACAUGCCCAAAAAGACUUGAGCACAGUAACAGGAUUUACAGAAUGAGUAUUCUUAUAGCAGACAGCAUGGAGAAAGAUUUUAAAAGUGAGACAUUUGAUUGCUUGUUUUCAAAUAUUUCAUUUAUGCCUCAUUAUUACUAAAAAUUUAAUUAUUACUUCUGUUAUUUUUUGUGGUUGAAUGAUUUAUAAUGUAACUGGCAUGUUUUAUUCCUCAUGAUCAUUUUUCAAGGGUUUUUUCCAUUUUUAAUUAAAAAUAUGUUUCUUUGGCCUAAUUCAAACAUUUUAUGCAAACAUUUGUUAAGAAUUUGGGACGCUAGAAGUGGUAA